AUGGGACGAGGGUCAGGAUUUGAUAGAUCGAGCCGAGGAUAUUUUGGUCGAGAAAGAGAUGGAGUUUAUCAAAACCGUAGCUCAAUGAAAUUGAUUAUACCACCCUUUCAAGGUAAGAGUGAUCCCGAGGCGUAUAUUCAAUGUGAAAGAAAGGUUGAGCACAUAUUCGAUUGUGAUUACUAUUCUGAAAAGAAGAAAGUGAAGCUGGCCGUCGAAGCGUUCAUUGACUAUGCAAUGAGUUGGUGGGACCAAUUUGUCUUAACUAGGCGGCGUUGUGAUGAGCCACCAAUUGAUGAUUGGGAUUCCAUGAAGGCAGCUAUGAGAAAGAGGUUCGUUCCUGCCCAUUAUUAUAGGGAAUUGGAGAUGCAAAGCUUGAGGCAACAAUUCAAGACUAAGAGAGGAGAGCGUCUGAGCAAGAAAUUCGUGAACUUGUCGUCCAACUUUGAGGAUGAUUCUACAAAGGAGAUACAGAUCAUUUACGUGUCACCAUCUCAGAGGAAUGAUAACCUUGAAAUUCCCAUGGAGGAAAAUGUUCUGGACAUCGUUGAAAGCAUUGGUGCAAAAAUUGAAGUGAUGCAAGACGAUAUUGUUGAGUUGCAACCCAAGGAGGAUCAAAAUAUUAGAAUGUCGGUAGCAAGAACUCGAGCUCAAAAUGCCGCUAACGAUCCUCACAAUCAAUCUCGUACCAUCCAAGACCUCACCGCCCUCGUCCGAGAACAAAAUGAACAAAUCAACCGCCUUGUUAACCUUCAAAACCGAAACCCUCCUCCUCCUCCUCCUCCCCAACCUAGAAAUACAGCCCCACAAGCCACCUACGAGCGAUUUUUGAAAAUGCAUCCUACCGAAUUCCACGGCGGCCCUAGUCCAACUGUUGCGGAAGAAUGGAUCAAAUCCCUCGAAGUUAUUUUCGAGUACAUGGUGAUGAACGAUAGCGACCGAAUCCAUUGCGCACUAUUCUUAUUGAAAAACGAAGCCCGAAAUUGGUGGGAAGGCGCAAAGAGUGGAAUCGAUCUAGCAAAUACCACUUGGGAAGCUUUCAAAGUUCUUUUCUUUGAAAAGUAUUUUUCCAAAAUUGUCCGACCACAAAAGCUUAAGGAGUUUCUCGAACUCAAACAAGGAAACCUAACCGUUGCCGAAUUCACACGCCGUUUCGAGCAAGGAAGCCUCUACGCACCUUUCAUAUCCAAAGACGACACCGAAAAGAUGAAUCACUACCUAAGAGGCCUCAACCCGAUAAUCAAGCGCGACGUUCGACUAACCUCUGCCUCUACUUUCCGCGGAGUAGUGGACAAAGCCUUGGAAGCCGAACAAGACGAGAUGGAAAUACGACAAUGGAGACCUCCUCAUGAUGCCUCUUCUCGACCAUGGAAGAAACCGAACCUCAACAACGCCAAAGGAAAGCAACCGAUCAACCGAGCAACCGUGACCCCGAGCAACAAGCCCUUUUGCCCUAAAUGCAAGCGAGAACACUCAGGCGAUUGUGUUGCCGGAACCAACCACUGUUUUCGAUGCAAGAAGCCCGGACACAUGGUCCGAGACUGCCCUAUCGCCCCAAGACAAGUGCCGGGACGAGUAUUCGCCAUGACAAGAGACCAAGCCGAAGCUGACCCGUCAAUGAUCGCAGGUACCGUUAAUGUGUAUAAUAAUUUUGUGUAUGCCCUCAUCGACUCCGGAUCAACUCACUCAUUCAUCUCAAGUACCCUCGUUGCCGAACUCCGCCUAGUCCGUAGCCAAGCCGAUGCCUUGUUUAGUAUACUUAUUCCUUCCGGUGAUGAACUUAAAUCAAAUUUCAUCAUCAAAUAUUGCCCUAUUCAGAUUCAUAACCAAACCCUAGCCUCCGAUCUGAUCAUCCUACCCAUUAAACAUUUCGAAAUAAUCCUCGGAAUGGAUUGGUUAUCAAAAUUCGACGCCCAAAUCAAUUGCGCCCACAAAACCGUUCGUUUCUCCUUACCGAAUGGAAGUUCUCUCGAAUUCCGAAGCUCGUACAAUCCGUCGAUUCCUAUCAUUUCCGCCAUCAAAGCGAGCAAAAUUAUUCAAAAAGGACAUCUAUGUCUUCCGCCCGAUCGCGAAAUCGAAUUUGAAAUUAAUUUGAUCCCCGGUUCCGCUCCUAUCUCGAUGGCAGCUUAUCGCAUGGCGCCGUUAGAGCUAAAGGAACUCAAGGACAUAAUUCAAGAUCUUAUCGACAAGAAGUUCAUCCGCCCUAGUUUUUCCCCAUGGGGUGCUCCGGUACUCUUCGUGAAAAAGAAAGACGGAAGCCUCCGAAUGUGUAUCGACUACCGAGAACUCAACAAGGUCACCGUAAAAAACAAGUAUCCAUUGCCACGAAUUGACGACCUUUUCGAUCAACUUCAAGGCUCCACGGUCUAUUCCAAAAUCGACCUUCGUUCCGGAUAUCAUCAAUUGAAGAUCAAGAAGGAAGAUAUUCCGAAAACCGCGUUUCGGACUCGCUACGGCCAUUACGAAUUUGUAGUGAUGUUGUUUGGUCUAACCAACGCCCCAGCCGCUUUCAUGGAUCUCAUGAAUCGAAUCUUCCGCAAAUACCUCGAUCAAUUUGUGAUCGUAUUCAUCGACGAUAUCUUGGUGUAUUCAAGAAAUGACGAAGAACAUCGGAAUCAUUUGGAAAUGGUGCUCCAAACCCUCCGAGAGAACCAACUCUAUGCGAAGUUUUCCAAAUCUAAGUUUUGGUUAAGACAAGUCCACUUUCUUGGUCACGUAAUUUCCAAGGAAGGCAUAGCCGUCGAUCCAAGCAAAAUUGAAGCCGUUUGUAACUGGUCAAUUCCUCGUAAUGUCGGAGAAAUCCGAAGUUUCCUCGGCCUCGCAGGCUACUACCGACGGUUCGUUCCGAACUUUUCCAAAAUAGCCGCUCCACUCUCUCGUUUGACCCGAAAGGAAGUCAAGUAUCAAUGGACUCCCGAAUGCGAGUCUAGUUUCCAAGAACUCAAGAAGCGAUUAACCUCAGCACCAAUCCUCGCUCUACCGGAUAAGACCGGAAACUAUGUUGUCUAUAGUGACGCCUCCAAGCACGGGCUCGGAGCCGUCCUAAUGCAAAACGGGAAUGUAAUUGCCUAUGCCUCUAGACAAUUAAAAGACUACGAGAAGAAUUAUCCGACGCACGACUUAGAACUCGCGGCAGUCGUGUUCGCCCUCAAAAUUUGGAGACAUUACCUUUACGGCGAAAAAUGUUCGAUCUUCACCGACCACAAAAGUCUCAAGUACUUCUUUACUAAAAAAGAACUCAAUAUGAGGCAAAGAAGAUGGCUUGAAUUAGUCAAGGACUAUGAUUGCGAAAUCCUUUACCAUCCCGGUAAAGCCAACGUUGUCGCCGGCGCUCUUAGCCGAAAAUCCAUGUCCGCCUUGAUCAUUAAACCGCCGCUCGAAUCAACUAUCAAGUCCGCUCAAGACCAUGAUGAUCAACUUGUCAAAAUCCGAGAAGGCUUAGCAACCGGUCAAAAUUCAAAUUUCUCAAUGACCGACGGCAAAAUCUUGAAAUUUCAAGGGAGAAUUUGCAUUCCGGCGAACAAGGAGAUAAAGGGAUUAAUUCUCGACCGAAUUGGUGGCCAAGCCUAUCGCCUAGCCCUACCGCCUCAACUAUCCAAAUCCACAAUGUCUUUCACGUCUCCAUGCUCCGAAAAUAUAUUCCCAACCCUAACCACAUCCUUGAAACCGAACCCCUCGAUUUAUGCCCGAACCUAUCCUUUACCGAAGAACCCUCCCAAAUAUUAG